AUGUACCCUCUCGACCUUAAAACAUCUGCUGCUGAUAGCCACUGCGCCGUGGCUAUCUGUCUUGGAGAGACUCCUCUUUGUUCCCCAGACAAUGUCUGCGAUCUUGUCAAUACUCUUCAGCAAAAAUUCAACGAUAUCAUCUUCCUCAUUUGUGACGAAAUCCACAAGUAUGAGAUGAUGAUACCACGAACUAUGACCAUUACGAGAGCUCAACGAGCGGCGGUUAAGAAGGGGGAUGAAAUGGAAGCGAUCCUCAACGACGAAUUCGAGCGCCUGAGACAAAAUAGCCAGCUUUCAGCCAACUUGACUAUUCUACGCUGGUCUGAGAUCGAAGACCAAGAUUAUCACAAGCUUCUGGACAUUGUGUACCAAUACCGGAAGCGCUUCGAACAGAAUCUUCGGUCAAGCUCCGAAUUCUAUAUCAAGCGCCGCUUGGCUGUCGCCACGUUGACCGAGGAACGAAUUGAGAAUUUCACGAAAUACACUCUUGCUGAGCUUCCUGUGCAAAUCAUGGGACUGAAUUACAACAAUCGCCAGUAUACCACCAUUUUCCAUCCCGUGUACCCACGGAAGAAUCCUGAUGGGUCAACGGGCAACGUCAACUCCGCGUAUGUCUCGCCUAUCGACAACGUAGUGCAGGCCUACCGCAACAAUCCGGAUGUCGUAGGCGACAUCUCCCGCUCGGUCCCGCACAUGGAAACUGGAAAUGUGACACGAGUCUUCUUUGAAAGGCCCAUUCAAAAAGAAAUAAAGGGGAUGCCGUGUGUUUAUAGCCCGGAAGCGCCUCUGAAAAAGUCCGGGGUCAUAUCCUGA